CUAAUGAGGAACGGAAUGACGCUCCAUUGAUUUAUUUCAGUUCAUUCAUUUAGACACUUUACUAAUGUACUUUGUUGAAACAUAACCCUAACAUAAUCGUGUUAUUCCACAGUACUAGUCUGCCUACUGUUUUGCAGAGAUGCGAUUCAUGUUUAGUUUGUUCAAUGUUCACUCAAUGUUGUGUUUCACGCAAACAUUUUUUGGAGGAUAUUGUGCAGGUAUGCAGCGAGGUAUGAGUCGCAGAUUAUAGCAGAGAAAAAACAGCAAAACACAGAGACCACCACUAAGGGCUUAGUGACUUUAAAACAAACUAAAAUAUUAAUGUGCCAACUGGACACAAGUGAAGCAUUGCAAGGCAAUCAGCAAUUAGGCAGCGGUGAAACGGUCGGGGAAUGGAAACCGCGCCGGGAAAAAAACACAACAGCUCAUAAUUUGUUAGAGUGUGCAAGGGGAAAUGUAAAAUGAUACCAAUUUCUCAUUAAUGUUGUUUAUGUUGUUCGUUUUGGAAGCUUCCUCUUCCUCUACUUGAGAAAUACGACGUGAAGCCUACAUUCCGAGGGCUGUCAACUUGCAAAGCACUCAGUCUUGUAUGUGUAGUGAGAGCUUUCACUGAACUGACGAGAAUACGCUGAUUUCGACGUCACCUCCAACUCUGAAGUGACAUCACGGUACAUCACAUCAGGGGGGAAGUCUAUCAACAUGCAAAUCUGGACUCAGAAGACGGGGCUGAAACAGACAGUGUGAGUGAACAGAGGAGACACGGAUCAUCAGCAAUCCUCCCACGGCGUUUCUCACUUCAACACAGCAAAACAUUAAAAAAAAAACAUAAUGGGAUUUCAAAAUAUCCUCACUGAAUGUUUUCUUGGCUUCUGCAACUAUGAGACACCGAUGAAAAUAGUAGUUAAAAACACAACUCUCGGAAUCAUUUAUAGGGGGGUCCAGCUUUUGGUGAUUACUUAUUUCUUAUGGUAUGUCUUCAUCAGUCAGAAGGCCUACCAAGAGAUCGAGACACGUCCACAGAGCUCAGUGUACACUGAGAUGAGAGGUGUUGGAUUGCUGGAGGACACAGUGAAGGAUGAGGUGGAGUAUGUCCGACCAUCUGAGGGCGGUGAUGUCAUCAGUGCCAUCCUACGCAGAGAGGUGACGCACAACCAGGUGCAGGGGGUGUGUGCAGAGGAUAUAACGCUUGCCAGCGCCCGGUGUAACAAGGACUCCGACUGCGUGGCAGGAGUGCUCGACUUUGAUGGCAACGGCCAGCGAACGGGACGCUGUGUGCCCUAUUACAACGAGUCCCGCAAGACGUGUGAGAUCAAGUCCUGGUGUCCCAUCGAGAAGUUUGCAGCUGUCAGGGAGCCACCACUGCUGGUAGCAGAGAACUUCACGAUCUUCAUCAAGAACUCCAUCCACUUUCCCAAAUUCGAUGUGCUGAGAACGAACCUCAUAAAGAAGAGGAGAUAUUUGAACAGGUGUACCUACAGCGAGAAGCACUCGGACUGUCCCAACUUCCGGCUUGGAUACAUUGCAGACCAGGCCAGGGUGAAAUUCAGCGAUCUGUGCGAGAUGGGAGGGAUCAUCGGCGUCUUCAUAAACUGGAAAUGUGACUUUGACCUGGCGCCCAAAGAAUGCAAGCCCGUCUACACCUUCCGCCGGCUCAGCGUGGUCAAGAACUCGCCAGACUCCGGCUACAAUUACAUGUAUGCCAAGUUCUACAGCAGGGAUGGACAAGAGUCAAGGACCCUCAUCCGAGCUUAUGGGAUGCGCCUGGAUAUUAUCGUCCACGGAGAGGCGGGGAAAUUUGCUAUCAUUCCGACCAUUAUCAACAUGGUGGCAGCCGUAUCAUCUGUCGGAAUUUGCUCUAUGAUUUGUGAUUGGGUCCUGCUAACCUUCAUUGACAAGAAUGAGGUCUACAGUCAGAAGAUGUUUGAUGAAAUUUCUCAAGACAGAGCCGAGGGGACGAUUCCGACGACAGUGACUGAGCUCACCAUCACGUCCUACGGCUCCACCCAUUCAGACCUGUCUGAGGGCGUGGCGCUUUGACCCCCCCACCCCCCACCCCCACAGAAGUCUGAGGCAAGAGGCGUGGCACUCCAAACCGCGGGGAAGGGACAGCACUGCGUUUCUCACUGGAGAUGAUGGUUUUUUUUGCCUUUCCGUAGAAGAAGUAGCCAAUAGAGACACUGAAUGCUCUUUGGAGGGGGCCAGAGAACAGCCCACUUUGAGUGCUCUCUCUGGAUAAACAUCCCCUUACGCUGGGUUCUGCGACUGACUUGAGAGGCUGUGGGCAGCCUUAAAAGCCCUUAAUGCAUCGGAAAAAAUAUAUAUAUACGCAAACUGUUUAAACGGUUCCCUGUGCUGCGCGGCUAUUUUAAAGUGUCAAUCGUUAUUUUUUUUGACAGUUUUGGUGGAUUUGGCACGACUGGUGGUCACUACGGUUCAUUUUCAUACUCCAAAUCCCAGAGUUGCUUUCAUAAUGACACAACUUUCUUGGGGUGUGGAGCACUAGGAACAUUUUCAGUGUUGUUUUUUUUAGUUUUUGGAACAUAUUUUGGAGAAGGAAGACUGCCUGAUGGUGAACACAGUAUAUCGAGGAGCAAUUAUGGCCACACAAUGCAAAUACAUUUAAGGGAUAAGGGAUUUUGCUACGAAAAUGCCAGCAUAAAAAAAUGAAAAAAAUAAAGAUUGACACUUUAAAUAGCUCAAGUUCCUCUCUGGUGAAUCUCAGGAAAGCCCUAUGAAUCUAUCUGAAAUGCACUUAAUGAAAGGCACAUUUCACUGGUAAUGUAAUGCGAAAUGGCUUUGCUAAAUAGCUAAAUUGACCAUAGCUUAACGCGCCAUCCUAUACACUGUGCAGUACUUCAGUCACACUAACAAGAGUGCAAAGCUGUUAAAUGAUUUCGACAUUAUGGGAGAAGUAUGAUUUUCUUCAACAGCGAAAUAGACUGGAUUGGCUUUUUUAUUUGAACAAUGGUUUUAUAUAAAUGGUUUUAAUUUGAAGGUAUACUUUUUUUUUUUUUUUUUUUUUUUACAAUACUUUAAAAACCAAAUGAUGUGC